AUGGGUAACGCCCAUGGACACCGUCAUCGCAAACACCCUAACUCCGUUCCUCCACCCCAUAAAUAUGACCAUCCCCCACCGUUCCCAACCCCACCACCACCCAUAUCCAAUUCCAACAUGCUGUCUCUCCCUUACACCCACGUCGACACCACCCUCCGCGCCCUCGCCGCCCAAGCCGAGGGCUUCGGCCGCUAUGCCGUCGGCGGCCUCCACGGUCCCCUUCACCGCGUCACAUCGCUCGCAGAUGAUGGACCGGGGUCACUGCGUGAGGCAUGUCGUCGAAAAGAACCGUUGUGGAUUGUGUUUGAGGUGUCCGGCACCAUUAAUCUCUCCUCGUACCUGAACGUGUCGUCUCACAAAACCAUCGAUGGUCGUGGCCAGAGGAUUAAACUCACCGGAAAAGGGUUGCGCCUGAAGGAAUGCGAACACGUCAUAAUCUGCAAUCUGGAGUUCGAAGGAGGCAGAGGGCAUGAUGUUGACGCCAUUCAGAUCAAACCUAAUUCCAAACACAUAUGGAUUGAUCGUUGUACGCUCGCUGAUUUUGAUGACGGGCUUAUAGAUAUCACACGAGAAAGCACAGACAUUACUGUCUCAAGGUGUCACUUCUAUCAGCAUGACAAAACCAUGCUUAUUGGGGCUGAUCCAUCGCAUGUUAACGAUAGGUGCAUGAGGGUCACUAUACACCAUUGUUUUUUCAAUGGGACGCGACAGAGGCACCCUCGUGUUAGGUAUGCGAAAGUGCAUCUCUACAAUAAUUAUAUCAGAAACUGGGGCAUAUACGCUGUGUGUGCUAGUGUGGAAGCCCAGAUUUUCUCACAGCAUAAUAUCUAUGAAGCGGGCCAGAAGAAGGUGGCUUUUAAGUACCUUACUGAGAAGGCAGCAGACAAGGAAGUGGGAGCAACUGGUACCAUAAGGUCUGAAGGAGACUUAUUCUUAAACGGUGCUCAACCAGGGUUAAUGACUGAGAGUGGUGAGUGCAUCAUGUUUCACCCCAGUGAACACUAUCCCUCAUGGACAGUGGAAGCCCCUACAGAUGAUCUAAAACACAUUCUUCAACACUGCACUGGAUGGCAAUCCGUUGCUAGACCAGCAGAUCAAACACUAUGA